AAGGCGACAGCUCCCAGUGUAGCCAUUGUGAGUGCAGUUUUCCAGCACAAGAAAAUAAGUCAAAAUCAAAUGAAAAUCAUGGAGCGGUCCAUGGUAACUCCUCAGAUUCAUGUUGAAAGAACCUUAGUGCUUAUCAAACCAGAUGUUCUUCAUAAAGCAGAAGAAAUUGAGGAAAUAAUUCUCCAUAGUGGAUUUCACAUUGUUCAGAAAUUGAAAGUCCAUAUGUCCCCUGAAAAAUGUAGUGACUUCUACUCUGAACAGUAUGGGAAAAUGUUUUUCCCUAGCUUGACUGCUUACAUGAGUUCUGGACCUAUAAUUGCUUUGGAACUGGCAAGACAUGAUGCCAUCAACUUUUGGAGACAAGUAAUGGGACCAUCCAAUAGUUUGAAAGCUAAAGAAACUCAUCCUGAAAGUAUCAGGGCUAUCUAUGGAACUGAUGACCUCCGCAAUGCUGUACAUGGAAGUUACUGUUUAACUUCAGCUGAACGUGAAAUUCGAUUUAUGUUUCCUGAAGCUCCUAUUGAACCAAUGCCCACUGGUCAGGUUGCCUUGGAUUAUUUGAAGCUUUUUGUUAAUCCAACGUUACUUUCUGGACUUAUUGACCUUUGCAAGAAGAAGCCGUCAGACCCAUACAUAUGGCUCGCUGAGUGGCUUUUGAAACACAAUGCUAACAGACCUAAAAUUAAUGAUGAAGCCAUUUAUCAUUAAAUCUCUUUUAUAACUGUUAUAAUUGUUAGACUAUUUUAUGUCACAAGUUUACAUUGUUUCAAUUGUCAACAAUGAUCUAAUAAAAAUGUUUUGUAAAUUA